CCAUUCACCUGGGAAACACCUCAGUGAAAGCUUCUCUACGUCGUUUCAGCCUGUAGGUUAUUUAAAAACCGUUGUUACUGACUUUUAAAUAGUCUUUUUGUAUUCACAGAAGUUUAUACGUCAGUUUUCUGUACGUGUCACAUCGCGGGACGUCGCUGUUAGUUUCAUUUUCUGGACAUUUCAGUCGUCAAAUCUGCCCUCGGAGCGUGCUAACGUUAGCUCAGCGGCUAGCCAUCAUUCACUCGUCAAGGAAAGAGUCCAUUAAUCGUUAUUGUAAACAUGGAUCAAUCUGGAGUCACGGCAGAAACACCAAAGAGCCCGUGGGGCUCGGCGGCCCCGGCGCCUCCGGCCUGCUCUCUGGCCGAUGUGAUGAGCGAGCAGCUGGCCAGACAGAUGGAGGAGGAGGACAACGCCUUCCCUGCGCUCACUGAUCCCGGAGCAGAUCUGUUGUCGUCAGAUGAAGUUUCUGAUACAACCAGUGACCUGAUGCUCGCCCAGAUGCUGCAGAUGCAGUUCGACCGGGAGUUUGAUGAUCAGCUGCGGCGAGAGGAGAAGAAGUUCAAUGGAGACAGCAAAGUGUCCAUCUCCUUUGAGAACUACCGUAUGGUCCAUCCGUAUGAGGACAGCGACAGCUCAGAGGACGAGGUGGACUGGCAGGACACGAGACACGACCCCUACAGAGCCGAGAAGCCUCAGACGACACCCAGGAGAGGCUUCGCCGGGAAGGGCAAGAACAUCACCACCAAACACGACGAGGUGACCUGCGGCCGCAAGAACACCGCACGCAUGGACAACUUCGCUCCAGAGGUCCAUGUCGGCGAUGGGUUGGGGAUGGACCUGAAGUUGUCCAAUCAGGUGUUUAACUCUCUGAAGCAGCACUGCUACAGUGAGCAGAAACGCAGCGCCAGGCUGCAUGAGAAGAAGGAGCACUCCACCGCUGAACAAGCGGUGGACCCCCGGACUCGUCUGCUCAUGUAUAAGAUGGUGAAUGCCGGCGUGCUGGAGAACAUCAACGGCUGCAUCAGCACAGGAAAAGAGUCCGUCGUCUUCCACGCUGACGGGGGGAGCCUGGAGGAGCAGCCUGUCCCGGAUGAAGUGGUGCUGAAGGUUUUCAAGACGACACUCAACGAGUUCAAGAAUAGAGACCGCUACAUCAAAGACGACUAUCGCUUCAAAGACCGCUUCAGCAAACUGAACCCGCGGAAGGUCAUCCGGCUGUGGGCGGAGAAGGAGAUGCACAACCUGACCAGGAUGAAGAAGGCGGAGAUUCCCUGUCCGGAGGUGGUGCUGUUAAAGAAACACAUCCUGGUGAUGUCAUUCAUCGGUAAAGACCACGUUCCUGCUCCCAAACUCAAAGACGUCACGCUGGGCUCCGAGGACAUGAAGAGAGCCUUCUACCAGGUCCUACAUCUGAUGCAGCUGUUGUAUCAGGAGUGUAAUCUGGUCCACGCUGAUCUCAGUGAAUACAACAUGCUGUGGCAUGAAGGGAAGGUGUGGUUGAUAGAUGUCAGUCAGUCCAUCGAGCCCACCCAUCCUCACGGCUUGGAGUUCCUCUUCAGAGACUGCAAAAACGUUUCCACGUUCUUCCAGAAGAAAGGCGUGAGCGAGGCGAUGAGUGUGUACGAGCUGUUCAACGCCGUGAGUGGACUGAACAUCCCCGUCGGUGCCGAGGACGAGGCCGAGUUCAUGGCCGAGAUUGUGGCGUUGGAGAAGAGGAACGAGGAUCACGUGCAGAGGCGAGGAAAGAAAACCUUCCCCGUGGCCUCUGACGACAGCGGCCCUCCUUUGAAACCCGACGCUGACGACUAACGGCCGCCCGGCUCGCUCUCUCUUCACGAUCCCGCCGUGUUGAAAAUGCUGUAAAGAGGUGAUGAACGGAGGAGGUCCCCGGAGGACCCGGUGCCUCCACCUCCAACCCCGCCACCACCCAAUGACCCACCCUCCAACUGCUUCCUUUAAACAGGCAGGAUGGAGCGCCUCCUCCUGGCUGCGGGAGGAAUGAGUUUCACUGUGUUGGAUGUUGAAGUCGGAGCGUCCUGGCUGCUGAGAGGCGCCAGCAGAGGUUUCUGAAGCUGAGACCACAUCUCAUGUCCUCCUGCUAAUACUGACCCACACUGAUUCUGGUUCUGGUUCUGGUUUAUGUUUCUGUUAGAACUACAGUAAAAGUACAAACAGUGAAAGCUCCUCUGUCCUGCUGGAUGCAUCCAUCAGUAUAAACACCUCCAUUUGUUUCAGUUUUGUUCAAACUCUCUCCCACCAGACGAUGAAGACUUCCUUUUUCUAAUGUAAUGUGCGGAUAAAAGAAAAGCAUUGUGGGUCUGAGUGUUGCAUCCUGUAGCUUCAUUGAGGCAUAGGAACCAACAAAAACAGCACAUAUACAGUAUGUAAUACUGUCAAUAACUCUGAUGCUCCAGAAAGAGAAAGAUAACAGACUGCCAGAUGCAAACAUGGGCUGAAUAUCAGCUGUAAAUCAUCCAAAUGUUGCGUUUAAAGCCCUUAUAUUGGUGCAGAAGGAAAACGUUGUCUUUCAGAUCUGUCUUCUUUCUCUUUCAUCCCAACCCUGGGUGAGAUUUUGUCUUAAAGUGAGCUUCUGUGAUGCUGCCUGAACACUUCUUCCAUACCUCAGACUGAGAAAUGUCAACAGUGUCGGAUUCUCUUCUUCAGAUUUACAGCUGAGAUGCACCCCAAAGAAAGUCACAGUUAAUUUCUGUAUUUGUUUGUCUUCGUGUUCUGUCUUGUUGGAGGCAGUUCAGGGGUCACAUGCUGAAGGGGAGGUGUCAAAGGUCACAGCGGUUUGUUUGGUGUGGGGGGCCACAGCAGCAGCUUAUUACAUGUUUUAGUAACACCUCAAAUUGAAGCACAAAAUAAAUUUUAUCACCAUCAGACAAAUGCACGUUAAGUCGUCCCAGCAUGAUGAAAUGUAGACAUUGGGAACUGUUUUUGAUGUUUGCAGUGAGAAAAAUCAUACAGGUAGCUCUUAGAUUCAAAUCAGAAGGUCUGGUGUGGGAAGGUUUGGUCACUUAUUGUGUGUUUUAAAUAUUAAUGGAUUAAAAAAAAAAAAAGGUUUCUCUCAGUGCAGCCGCCUCAUGAUGUUGGUUUUAAUCUGAUAAAUU